AUGCAGAAUCUGGAAACCAAAAAGCUUCACCGCGAAGCAACUGUGCAGGUGGCGAUGGAUCCCGUCAGUGCGAUUGGACUCGCGUCAAGCAUUCUGACAUUCGUCGAGUUCUCGUCGAAGCUGGUCAAAGGCAUCUACGAGGUGGCAGGCUCAGCAAAUGGCGUCACCGAGGAGAAUGCGCAUAUUGGCGUGGUGAUGCAAGACCUCGAGGAUGUUACGGAUGCCAUAGAGGUUGACUUCAAAGGGUCUUCAAAGCAAGAGAAGGACCUGAUUAAGCUCGCGAGCAAGUGCGCCGUCUUGUCUCGAGACUUACAGAAGACGUUGAAGUCAGUCAAAGUGCAGCGGGGUAAUGUCCGGUGGCAAACUAUCAAGGCAGCAUGGAAGACUCUGACGAAGAAGGACAAAAUUGAGAACAUGGAAAAGACAAUAAGUCAAUAUCGCGACGAGCUCAUGCUGCGGCUUCAAAUGCUUCUGAUUGAGCAGAACUCGCCGCUCAAGGCUCACCUUGACAAGAUCACCAAAGACGGCGAGAUACUCAAGAAUGCAACUUCGAAGAAGCUCGAAGCAACAAGGAAGAAACUCGGCGAAGUUCUGACCGAGUUAAAAACUCAAAGCAUUGACACAGAACAAUCUCAAACAGAACAAGCAAAUAAGCUGGCAGAGAUUCGUGACGAGUUGAAGAGUCUGAAAACCAUGUCAAAGCUGGUCGUCUCCGAGAACAGCGUACUUGAGCGACUGUAUUUCGCCGACCUAUACGCUCGCGAAGACGCAAUUGUCCACCCAAACAAACAGCAGCAAUAA